CCCGAACCAUUGUGUUUCCAACUAAUAGUGAUAAUAAUAAUAAUAAUUUUGACAACAGAAGAAGAGACAUUUUUGUUGACAAUAGGAAUCAAAAAACUGAUUCAAAUUCUAAUUUAAGGGAUUCUGAAAUGAAAUUAAUUGAGAGGUCAAAGGUAUUGCUGCCAAAUCUCGAUUCAAAGGGAAGGCCUACUUGUUUAACAAAUCCUGACGACACGUAUUGUGAAAUUGUGCCAAAUUAUCCAAAUAAAACACUUAAACAGGAAAUUGAAUUUUCUCCGAUUGAAUUUCUGGAAAUAUUUGGCAAUAAAAUAGACGGAAGAAAAUCUUAUAUCGACGACGACUUAAGUGAAGUACGAGUUUGUCGACGGAUACCAAAAGUAAUUUAUCCACAAAUGGCCAAAAAUCAGGCCAACCAAUGGAUUUAUGUGGUCAAUGAAGUCGAGUACAUACAGGCAGUUGUGGCCGAAAUUUGCGAAAGCGAUGGUAAAUCAUGUGCUUAUUUAGAUCAAAAUUUGCCGCCCGGUAUGUACUCCCGGUGUCGACAAAAGUAUUCAUAUAAGCGAUUACUAGCAUUACAUCCGACAGAGAAGAGGACCUAUUCAGACAAAUUCAAGUUUCCUUCGUGUUGUGCCUGUUAUGUCAAAACCAAUGACCUCCUCAGCAGAUCUAUUAAAACUAGUCGAAGAAAAAGACUAUAA